AUCACGGUGAUUUUUCACAGUGAUUCGUGAUUUCUCGUGAUCGAUUCUGAUUGGUAGAGAAACUUAAUAGUUCUUUACACGCGACACAUAAUCUGUAUAUUUUAUAUUAACGACAUCGAAACAAAAAUUCAAGUUAUGUCGUAUUACAGAUAGUAUAAUAGUGUUACAACAAGCAUGUAAAUAAAUGCUUGUAUAUUUCUUUAACCUGUGUACCUUUGUGCAACAGUACCCAGCAAUAGCUGUGCAUAGGGGACGUUGGGGCGACGUGCCACACGUGCGUGACAGCCGUGACUGGCCGUGACCGACUAUAGAAUUCAUCGGAGAUCGAAUUUUUUUGUAUUAUUAAAUUAAAAUUAGAUGGUUUUUGUAUUAUUAUGGAAUAAAAAUAUAAUUAACAAAAGGAACAAUGUGCACACUGAACGAUUUUGAGUGUGAUACUUUUGAAACGGACCAGACAGCAUUAAAUACAGACACUGCCUGUACUAUUGUUUCUACAUGCCCGACAAACAUUAACUCAUUUUGCAAAAAGUGUAAAACUCAAAAAACUGAAGUUUCGUUGAGGGGCAAAUAUGGCUAUUGUAAAACGUGCUUCUUAUCUGUGUCAAUGCACAAAUUCAAAGCCACUCUUGGUAAAUCCAAAUUGUUACGUCCAAGCGAUUCAGUGCUUAUUGCACAUUCAGGGAAGGCAAAUUCAACAGUUCUUUUGCACCUUAUCAAAGAUAAUAUGAAUGAAUCAGCUUCUAAAAGACUUCAGUUUAAAUGUAAAAUACUUUAUAUAGAUGAUGGUAUGGUAAAAGGAAUAUCAUUGGAGGAAAGGAAACAUAUUCAAGAUGCAUUAGUUAAAGAAGCAGAGUACUUAGAAGUAACAAUGUAUGUAACAUCUUUGACAACUUGUACCACUGAUAUUCUUUGUGAAAAGAUUCAGUCUGUACUUCCUUUACAAUCAAGUACGACUGACAAUGAUGGAUUUAUGAAGGAAAUGUUCGAAAGCAUGGAGAAUGAUACAGUGAGAGAUGAAUUAUUAAGGCAACUGAAAAGGAAACUACUUAUAUCUGCAGCUCGUAAACUAAAUUGUAAUAAAAUUUUUGUUGCCGACACGUCUGUUGAUCUUGCAAUAAAAGUACUCGGAGAUGUGUCAACAGGAAGAGGUUCUCAAUUAUCUGUAAAUGUUGCUUUUUAUGAUACAAGGUGCGCUGAUGUAGCCUUACUUAGACCACUCAGAGAUUUUACACAAGAAGACAUACAAGGCUACUUGCAGUGCCAUAAACUAAAUCCCAUUCUUGCACCUCCAAAGUAUAUUCAACCUUACCCUGCUUCAAUAAGAAAUAUUGCAAGAAACUUUAUUCACAACUUAGAUUUUGAAUUUCAUGGUACUGUCUCUACCAUAUAUCGUACCAGUGAGAAAUUAGCAACGAAGAUAAAAGGAGUUCAUAAUGUAUAUACCAAUAGGGACAUAGAACCUAUUAAUGACAUGAAUAAUACCUGUGCACUUUGCGAAUUGCCUCUGAUUUCUGAUAAUUUACACAAAGAACAACUCUCGGUUGUGCAAGCCAAAAUGUAUUCCCAAGUUGUGUCAACGAAUAUGGAUUUCUAUUCAAGCAUGACUUCAAGUUCGCAAAACCUGGACGAUCUAUUAAAAGAUAAACAGACAGGAAGAAUAAAUGACUGUGAGAAAAAGCAUUGUGAAUGCAACAAUACCGAGUGCAGUUCGUUCUGUGGACAGUCUCUGCAACCAUCCAUGGUUGAAGCAGAUCUCUGUUAUGGCUGCAAAAUAAUUGCUUUAAAUUCAAAUCGGAAGAUUAAUUUAUUAUCUUCUUUUAUAUACGACAAAAUCCAAGAAAACAUACAAAUGACGCGUUUGCGGAAUGAAAUAACAGAAUUUUUAUUGUAGAAACGAGUAGUAUUAGAACUUGUAAUGGCAGUUCAAAUUUUCAUUCUCUACAUUAAAAGUAAUUGUACAAUUGAUAAAAAAAAUAUGUUUUAUAAUA